AUGAAGCACUGAUGGAAGCAGAGUGCGCUUUAUAAUGCACAGCCGUGCACACUACUACAUUUCCAGCUAAUCAGAAGCGCGCAGUUGCAGAAAGGAGAGCGGUUGCCAAGGCAGCCACCAAUCUCCCCUCCCCCUUCUCCACUCCGUUCCUCUUUCCCGUUUAUUAUCGGCAGAGGUCGCAUGGCAGAGGGAAGUCCAACCACUUCUGUACUGGAACCAAUGCAAGAAUAUGCACCUCCAUAACAAAGCCUGUAUGGAGUCCUGAGAGCAGUGGGGGGAGAGAAAAAGAGGCUGCAAAUUUAUGGGCUACUAGAAACAGAUCUUACACAGGGAGGAUCUAAGUUGGAGGUUUGCUUUUAUUUGUUCUGGAAAAACGGGAUAGUUUUUCUGUGUUUUUUUGCCAACACGUGUGUAUCCAUGAAAUUUGUUGUCUCCGUUGUGAGUGAGUGAGUGUUUCGCAUCCUGGUGCGGGGCUGUGAGGAGGACUGCGCAUCACCAGAGUUGGUGCCGAAGUUCGGCCGCGAACGGAUGUGAGGGAAGAGUGUACCGAGUGAAACUCCCCCACUUGUUUUCUGCCUCUCCUGCUCCGGCGUUGUGUUUGCUGAGACAAUAGUGAGUCAAAGACGCUGAAAGUGAUUUCAUGCCUUCAGUCUCGCACAACCUGAGAUGGACGUGAGAUUUUAUCCUGCGCCCCCGGCAAAUGUGGGUUCAUGCUCCCUACCGACUGAUCCAAGUUGUCUGAGCUCGUUGGACUAUUACCACUCGAACAAGGCCCGGUACAGUGUGGGUGAACGAGGGGUUAGGCUCCACACUGCCCCCCCUCCAGGCAUCAAUCCAGCUAGGAAAAGACUGCCCACUGCUGUGUUUGAUGGUGACAACAUGUACAUGAAUGACAAUAACCAAGAGUUUCGGUCACCAAACCAGAGCUACUCCAGUCAGGGCAGAGGCAGCAGCGGCGGAGGAGGCGGAGGAGGAGGAGGAGGAGCAGGGGAUGAAGACUACGAGAUCCCCCCCAUCACACCCCCCAACCACGCCGACCCCUCUCUGCUGCACCUCAUGGAGCACGAGUCAGGUUACCCCUUCCAUUCCCUGCCUCACAACGGCCUGCUCAACACCUACUCCUACCCCGAGCUGCCCGCCCUCAUGAUGUCCAACAUGCUGGGUCAGGACACCCACCUCCUCUCGGGGCCUAUGCACUCAAUAAGCGGUGAGAAGCGAGCCUCAGCGGAAAUGAUGAAGCCCAAACCCAAACCUCAAAAGAAGAAGAAGAAGAAGGACCCCAAUGAGCCACAGAAACCUGUGUCAGCCUACGCGCUCUUCUUCAGAGACACCCAGGCGGCCAUCAAGGGCCAAAAUCCCAACGCCACCUUCGGGGACGUCUCCAAGAUCGUGGCCUCCAUGUGGGACAGCCUAGGAGAGGAACAGAAGCAGGGGUACAAGAGGAAAACCGAGGCGGCUAAGAAAGAGUACCUGAAAGCCUUGGCCGCGUACCGAGCCAGUCUGGUUUCCAAGACAUACAACGACCCUGAACCAAAAAGUGCCCAGCAGACCAGCCAGCCCUCCCACCUGCUGCCCCCGAAGCAGCCUCUGUACAGCGUGCCCCCCCAGCCCUCCUCACCCUACCUGGGCCCGCCGGGCUCCUUCCCCCUGUCAGACCUCCAGAGCUACGCAGGGCCGCCCCGCCACACCCUGGCCCAGACCCUCAGCCAGUCCCAGAUGCUGCCGCCCAGCAUGAGUGCCUCUCCCCCAGCUCCCUUCCAGAUCAGCCCACCUCUGCACCCCCAUGCCCAACUCUCCCUGCAUCAGAGCUCCCUGCUCAACCAGCCAAUCCGCAUGCAGCAGUCGCAGCCAAUCAUCUCACACCAAAUGGGGCUCCAGGCGCCGCUGCACUCCCCUCCUCUCAGCCAACAGGGAUUCUCCCAUAUUCAGGCUGAUUACCAGAACAGUGUCGGGGGCUCACAGUCUCCAGGGGCCCCUAACCCAGUGCACGGCCAGAACCCUGACUGGGACAGCGAGUACUGCAACAGGGACUGUGGACCCAACCACUGCGGCAGUGGCAUGGGAGCUCGGGACAAGCCUCUCUACCUCACUUGAAGUUGAAAGACCUCCAAAUGUCAGACUCCAGGGAGCUUUCCACCAUAACAACGACGUCAUCGAUGUAUCUGCUUCAACACCAUUUCACCUAUUUCGGUUUUUCUUUUCUUUUUUUUUUUUCUUUUUUUGUGACGGAUUUCGAAAAUCCCAAAGACUGCUACAGUAACUUCACCUAUUUGCCAAGCACUUAGAUCGGCCAGAAGCCUGAGGCACUUCUCUUGCUGUUUUUUUGUUUUUUGUUUUUUGUUUUUUUUUUCCUCGGCUUCUUUCCCUUAUCAUUGAACUUGAUUUUUUUUUUUUUUUUUUGCGGGGGCAGUGAGCUUUAAGCUCAUGCCAACAUACUGGAAAUGAAGACCAAAAAAAAAAAAAAUGUCUUCUCAUUCUGUUUUGAAUUUUUUAAAGAUGCUCUCUCUCUACUCUUCACUCCAUUACCCUGUGUUUGCCAUGGACUGCCCUCAUCGGGGAGGUGAAAUGCUCUAAGCAUACUCAAAGCGUAGGGGUCUUGGGUAGAAAAGCUAAUGCAGGAAACUAGAAUAUAGUCACCUCAGCAGGGGUGGAUGUACUUCAGGACAGACUGAAACACCCCGACUGAGUAAAAGCAAAGCGAAAUUAUAAUGAAGAUAGUCACAUACACUUAAGACAUUUGUAAAUCAUCCUCGCCCCUAGUAAAGGACUCCCUUCUUUUCCUUUCUUUCUCACAGAGUGAUUGUAAAUAUCACCAAAAUGGAUCCCUCUUAUGUGUGUAUUUAGCUGCAGUCCCUUGCUUUCUUUUUUGUUGUUUUUUUUGUUUUAAACAUCCUUUUUGUUUGGUUCUGUGAUUUUCGUGCAGGCGGAUUCAGUGAGGGAAUACACACACUAAAAGUUGUGUUGAAAC